CAGGGAAUAUAAUGGCUGACAAGCGUACGUUGACUGAGUGGAUUCAUCAUCAACACCGAAACGACUUAUUUGUGUUUAUUGAGACACAGCCUUCUCCUGGCUGUUAGAAUGAGCCGUUGACCAUAAAGUGUUACGAGAAUUUCUCAAAAACUCACUGAGGUGCGGAGCCGAGGAGGACAUGGCGACAGGGGGCACUCCCUUUGACGACUGCGCAGACGAGCAGGAGCUGCACAACUGGACCGUUACCAACGGCAGCAGCCUAGAAGACCGGCUCAACAACAUGGACUGGGGCAUCCAGCAGAAGAAGGCCAACCGCUCGACGGAGAAGAACAGGAAGAAGUUCUCAGCCGGCGGCGUGGCGGAGAGCCGACUGACCAAUGAAAUCUCCCCGGAGUCCACACCUGGCACGGGGCGGAGGAGGACACACACCCCUCACUCCUUCCCCCACGUCAAGUACACCACCCAGAUGUCGGUGCCCGACCAGGCCGAGCUGGACCGUCUCCGGCAGAGGAUCAACUUCACUGACCUGGACGAGAGGAGCGUCGGCAGUGACUCCCAGGGCCGCGUCACAGCAGCCAACAACCAGCGACAGCUGGCGGCGGAAAACAAAAAGCCCUUCAAAUUCCUGCCGCUGCACGUCAACACCAACAAGAGUCGGGAGGCCCCCUCCGCCUCGGCCCCCGCAACCCCCUCUGUCGCCGCCACAGCCAAGAAGCAGAGCCCUGGCCUGGGUCUCAGGGACGCGUUCGCCCCCUCCCUGCCCAGCAAUGACACCCCUGGGCUUGGUAGUCGGGCCGAGAGAGGGCUUCUUCCCUCUAGGGAGGAUGGGAGAGGAGAGCUCAGCAUCGACAGUAGCCAGGUGGUGAGCAAGCUGGUUCAGAUCCGGGAGUACAUCGGCAAGGCCAGCUCCAUGAGGGAUGAUCUGGUGGAGAAGAACGACAUCCCGGCCAACGUGGAGCGCCUCACCCACCUCAUCGCCCACCUCAAGGAGCAGGAGAGGUCCUACCUCCGCUUCCUGCAGAAGAUGCUGGCGAGGGAGGACGAGGAGGACGAGGCGGGAACACUGGACUCUGCCGUGGGUUUAGGCUCAUUGCCAGAGAGCACCUCCCUCAACAUCGAGGUGCGCUCCUCAGACGCCUCCAACGCCACCGGCCGCGUUGCAGGCCGCAGUGACCAGAAGGAGGAGCUGGAGAACUUGAGGAAGCAGCACGAGCUCCUGAAGAAGAUGCUGGAGCAGCAGGAGCAGCUCAGGGCUCUACAGGGCCGCCAGGCAGCACUACUGACCCUGCAGCACAGCUCCCAGCACGCCUCCCACACUAUGGCUGACACCGUGCCGACGGAGACCACAGGCAGUGUGUCAGGGCUGAGCAUCACCUCGGAGCUGAACGAUGAGCUGAACGACCUCAUUCAGCGCUUCCACAACCAGCUGCACGACUCCCAGACCAAGGCAGUAGUCCCAGACAACCGCAGACAAGCCGCGAGCCUCUCCCUCUCUCGGGAAGUCUGCCGCUCCCGCUCCUCCCAGCCUUCCCCUCCUCCCCGCUCUGCCUCCUCCUCCUUCCUCCAUCCCACCCCUCUCACCUCCCUGACCUCCAUCACCCCCACGUCGGCCUCGGCGGCGAGCGCCAAGCUGACCAAGCUGCAGGAGCUGCAGGACAAGAAGCAGACCAUGGACAAGAUCCUGCAGGAGCUGCACUCGCUCCGCGACCAGACCCUCAACAACAACUCCUGUCGCGGCGCCGUUGUGUCUGUGUCCUCUCAGCGUAGCCUGGCUCUGGGCGCGGGGCCCUCCUCGGACCGCCCCUCUGCCCUGUACCGGGAGCCCAACGGGGCCUCAGCCAUGAGACGGGACCCCUCCACCUACCACCCCGCCACACACACCCAGCACCCCCAGCAUGAGGACGCCCCAGCAGACAAACUCCGGAAGCUGAAGGAGGUGCACAAGCGUCUGAACGAGCUGCGUGAGCUGGUGCAGUACUACGAGCAGACAUCGGACAUGAUGGUGGACACGGUCAACGAGAACGUGAAGGAGGAAGAGGAGGAGGAGGAGACUGAGGAGGACGGCUCCAUGCUGGAGACCAUGUUCGACUCGGAGCAGGAGAACCGCCGGCCCCCCAUCACCAACAUCAGAAACCCACAGCGUUCUGGGAACUGGACAGAAAUGAACAGUCUGACCAACGCCCGAGGAGGAGGCAGCGCCAACAACCGCGCUGACGGGAGACUCAACACCGAGUGUGAGAUCAACAACCGCUCUGCAGCAACAAACCUCCGCAGCCUCAACAUCCCCUCAGCCAUAGAGUGCCAGUACAACCGCCCCUACAACGAGGUCAAGGACGACGAUGAUGAAGAAGACGAUGCCCUGGAGGAUGAAGAGGGGGCGCAGGGGGCCGGGGGUCGGGACAGCGAGGGCUCGGGGUCGAGCAGGAGGAGCAGCCUGGGGAACGAGGACGCAGACUACGCCCACAAAGUCCACCGGCUGCAGACGGCCAAGCAGAAACUACGGCAGCUCCAGGAGCUGGUGGCCAUGGUGCAGAGUGAUGAUACAGACGCCACCACGGCCAACGAGGACGAGGGUCACCACCAGCAGCCCAACAACACCAGAGGUGCUGCUGCUGCCUCCUCCUCCUCCGCAGCCAAGAGCCCCAGAGACCUCACCCUCACAGACAAGGCCAGGGAGAAGCUGUACGAGGAGAAGCUUCGUCAGCAGCAGCAGGAGUUGCAGCAGCUCCACGAGGAGCGCCAGCGGCUGAUGGAGAUCCAGGACAAAAUCCAGGACCUACAGUGGGCCUGCCCCGACCUGCAGUCGUCAGUGUCCAGCAGCACAGUGAGCCAGCAGGCCCUGAUGAGGAAGCUCCCGGCUGCAACCUCCACCCCGGCCCCUCCCCCUGCGCCGGCUGCAGCCCCCAAAGCCAACGCUUCUCCUGCCGCCGCCGCCGUGCUCAAACCCACAGCCCAGGCCGCUGCUAACGCCUCUGUCACCGACAACGAGCAGCUGUGGUGUGAGAUGCGGCGCCACCAGAUCCUGCGGGAGGAGCUGCGCCAGCGGAGGAAGCACCUGGAGUCCCUGAUGGCCGAGCACCAGAGGAGGAGCGGCCUCAGCGACUCCCCCUACAGGAUGGAGGACCCAGAUGGACACGCCGCCGCCUCGCAGCCACUCAGCAGGGACGAGAGGACCAUGGCCACGUGGGGCGGCUCCACCACCUGUCAGCUGGAUGAGGACGGCUACCCCUCUGAGAUGGGCGCUGAGGAAGAAGAAGAAGAGGAGGAUGAAGAAGAAGAAGAAGAGGAGGACGGAGCAGAGUCCAGCUCCAGUGAUGACCUGCAUCUCUACUCCACUAGGAAGCAGCGAUCCUACAGCAACAGGAAGACACUGGGCAGCAAAGUUCUGAAGCCGCCCCAACAAUUCGCAUCCGAAGCUAGUGGCCGACCCUCUCUCCGUUCUCGAGCCAGAGCCAAACAACCACAACAGUCCCAAGCCCACGGCGGCGUCAGCAUCGGGGGUGCGAGGCGCCAGGAGAACCUGCGCUGGGCAGCUGAGCUGUCCUUCCAGGAGGGUUCUGGCACUGGGUCUGGGUUGGCAUCACGCCACUGGCAGGAGCAGGUGGGCACACUACAGAGGCAGCUGGACUUUAGCACCAGCAUGUGUCAGACCCUACUGCAGGACCAGCAGACGUUGUCCUACAUGCUCCAGACCCUGCUGACAGGACCGUACAGCGCGCUGCCCAACAACCUGUCCUCCCCCCAGGUCCACCUGGUCAUGCACCAGCUCAGCCAGUGUUACACACAGCUGGCCUGGCAGCAGAACAACGUCGAAAGACUGAAACUGGUGCUGAGCGACCUGCUCCGUCAACAACAACAACAACAGCCCUCGUCGUCGUCAGGUCAACAGGCCCAGAACCAGGGUUCCACGUCCCGGGACUCCGGCAGUGCCUGUCCCCCCCUCUCCCCCACCAGCCUCUUUCUCCCCUUCACCUCCUCCAUGCCCCCCUCUGUCAACCAGGCCCUCAACCUGCCCCCUGGCCUGGCCGGAUUCUCGCCCCUCUCCUCCGGGUUUAACUUCAACCCCCUGUUCCCUUCUGCUAUGGGUGAGUUCCCUCACAGUGCUGGUAGCCAGGCCAGCCCAGACAACCAACAGCAGCUGGAUCCCAACACCUCAGUCAAGACAGAGUACUUGAGCUUCCCCCCGCCCCUGCAACGCUCCCCACUCAACACUGUAGACAAAAGGCCCCAGAGGCAGAAUGAAGGAAGCAGCAGUCGUGGCCAUGAAUCUGGCUGGCUCAACGUCUCCCAGCCUCCAGCUCCUAUCACCGAAUCUCCCUCCCCUUUACCCCAUAGUGGGGCUAACAACACCCGGCCCCAGGCCUUCGACCAGGCCUCCCAGGAGAGCUUUAGCAGCAUGCCGGACCCCGCUGACCCCACCACCGUCACCAAGACCUUCAGGGCAGGACGCAAGGCCUCUGCCCAGGCCAGCCUGGCCUCCCGCGACAAGACGCCCAACUCCAAGAGGAGGACCCGGCGGGCCAAGGGACACCACAAGAACACGGGAGUGGAGAGUGACAGCGUGUCUAGCACAGCCGACUUUGUCCAGGAGAGGGCGCCGCAGCCCCAUCGCCAGCGGGACCAAAACCAGAACCAGAGCCUGCUGGACAAACUGACCCAGGAGAAACUGGACAGCAAGACCAAGACUGGCAACAAGCCCAACGACCUCUCCUCCGCCUAUGCUUGGAGAACACCUUUCCUCUCUAACAGAAUUGCAUGCACUGAAGCGCCAGAUGCCAGCAGUGACUUCUCCCUGUUUGAGGCUUUGAGGGAGACCAUCUACUCGGAGGUUGCCACACUCAUCUCCCAGAACGAAUCGCGGCCCCACUUCCUCAUCGAGCUCUUCCACGAGCUGCAGCUGCUCAACACCGACUAUCUGCGCCAGAGGGCACUCUACUCCCUACAGGACAUAGUGACCAGGCACCUGACGGAGAAGAGUGCGGCCGAGGACCAGGCCUCCUCCCUGGGCCCCGUGGCCUGGGCAGCCGGCUCCCAGUCAGAGCUCACCCCCAGCGAGAGCCUGGCCACCAGCGACGGGGACGUGUCAGAGAAGAACAUCCGGGUCAUCAAGCAUCACGAGCCGAGUAAGAGGCGGAACGACGCAGAAUCGGUGGACAACGAGAGCACCCUGUCCACCACCUCCAACCUGGAGCCGUUCGCUAACGACGACUUAGGUAACACAGUGAUCCACUUAGACAAGGCUCUAGCCAGGAUGAGGGAGUACGAGCGCAUGAAGCUCAAGGCUGAGUUUAGCCCCAACACAACCGCUGCUACUGCCUCUGAGGCCUCUGCUAACUCCUCUGCUAGUGCUGCUCAACUGCUGGAAGGUGCGGGAGUCUGGUCAGGUGAUGUCCACUGUCCCCAGAUCGACACCCAGCAGCUGGACAGACAGAUUAAAGCCAUCAUGACCGAAGUCAUCCCCUUCCUCAAGGAGCACAUGGACGAGGUGUGUUCCUACCAGCUGCUGACGUCGGUGCGGCGCAUGGUGCUCACCCUCACCCAGCAGAACGACGAGAGCAAGGAGUUUGUCCGCUUCUUCCACCGACAGCUGGGAGGCAUACUGCAGGACUCUCUGAGUAAGUUUGCAGGACGUACUCUAAAGGACUGUGGCGAGGACCUGCUGGUGGAGAUCUCUGAGAUCCUGUUUAAUGAGCUGGCCUUCUUCAGACUCAUGCAGGAUCUGGACAGCAACAGCAUCAGUACUGCUACUAUAACUAACUCCCAGGCCAGGCACAAGAACAGGAGACAACCACCUAAUAACCAAGUCAAGCAGGAACACAGGAAUAAUGAGGAGAACAAGUCGCCGGAGGUCGAGAAGGCCUUUUCCCCAGCAUAUCUCGAUGAAGACAAAGAUGAAGAUGAGACAGAGCAGAAAGAGACCGAGAGGGAGCGGCACGGAGGAGAGAGGAAGGACAGCAGGAGCAGCGAGGCCUCCGAGGUGGAGGUGGAGGAGGAGGAGGAAGAGGAGGAUGGAGAGGGACUGCCACUCUCUAUUAAUCUGUCCAAGGCGGAGACCCAGGCCCUGACUAACUACGGCAGCGGGGAGGAUGAGAACGAGGUGGAGGAGAUGGAGGAGUUUGAAGCUGAGCCCCCGGACGUCCAGACCUCCCUGCAGGCUAGCAAUGAUGGCGGAGAGCAACGGGUUAGGAAACACACACUCAGUACACACACUUCCAUUAGACUGUCUAGUUACCAUCUUCUCCUGUAUUUCAGGGAGCAAAUGAAGCCCCGUCAAAUGGAAACCGAGAGACAAAGUCGGACCAAGAAAGCUCUGAGAGUAACGAUGGUAAGAACGUUCACUGUCUCUUAGCUUUUAGCCAGCCAAAAUAGUGCCCGUUUUUCUUUACGUCUACCUUUUGCUGUGUACAUUGUCCACAUUUUGAUAAAUGG